AUGAUUGCCUUGACCAAACUGUUGUGUUGGCUGACCGUGUUCAGCAUCUGUUGGGAGAGGGGAACCUGCUUUCUUGCCAAUCCACACCGGAAAAGUUCCCAUCGGACGAACGGUAACUGGGUGCCAAGAGCUUCCUUGGUUCUGUGGUCGUCUUCCCAGAGUGGCACGGACGAUGGCAGUACUAAAGAUCCCACCACAAGACUACCGUCUGUGAUUAUCUUUGACUUGGAUGGUUGUCUCUGGCGUCCAGAAAUGUACGAACUGUUGUAUUUCUCGGGUGGUGCUGGAGCACCCUUUACUAAGAGUCCCGACUACGAUACCGAUGGCACCCUCCUGACUACCAAGGGAGAACCGGUCCGUCUGUUGGGACAAGUCCGACAAGUCAUGCAAGAACUCUAUAGCAAUCCCAAAUGGAAGAAUACACAAGUGGGGAUAUCCUCUCGUACCGACCAACCCGAUUGGGCACGAGAAUUGCUUCAAAAGUUUACCAUUGAAACAACCACAACAACCAAUAAUGAUAAGGGCAGCUACUUUGCCAUGGAGCAAGUGUUCCAAAAAGGACCCAUUGAGAUUCAGUCCGAUUCCAAAGUACGACACUUUGAGAGAAUUGCCGCCCAGACCGGGGUACCCAUGAGCGAUAUCCUGUUCUUUGACAAUGAACGAGGGAAUUGUCGAGAAGUGGCCAAGCUGGGGGUGGUCGUGGGAUAUGCCCCCGACGGAGUCACCCAACAAAUAUGGGAUGCAUCUCUGCAAGCAUUUCCGGAUGCUUCCGGGAAGGUCGUGGGCAUAGACAUCUACUCCUAUGACAGUCUGGAAGGUGCCAACUUGUUUUAUGAUGGAGAAGACUAUAAGAAGACAGAAUGGUAG